UACCCAUCAGCAAAUGAAUGACAAAUUAAAAAGUUUUAUUUUUCUUAUAUUGGUAGGAGAUUUUAUUGAUUGUUUUCUUUCAAGAUUUUCGGCCAGACGGCGACUGAAAUUGCAAGUUACUGUGAUAUAUUUAUUUUCAAUAAUUAACUAUUCUUGUCAAGCAAUUAAAUGAGCAGGGAUAUCGAGUUAUGUAUAUAAGUAAUGGAAGGUACAGAACUGGGUGGCGACCAGCAAUUCUGUUUGAGAUGGAACAAUUUUCAAGCAAAUAUAACUUCUCAAUUCGAGGCACUGCGCGAUGAUGAGGACUUCGUUGAUGUCACCCUGGCAUGCGAGGGACACAGGCUCGAAGCCCACAAAGUGGUUCUAUCGGCCUGUAGUCCUUAUUUCAAGGAAUUAUUUAAAAACAAUCCAUGCCCUCAUCCGAUAAUAUUCAUGCGUGACUGUGAGGUGUCGCACGUGCGGGCGCUCUUACAGUUUAUGUACGUGGGCCAGGUGAACAUCGCGCAGGCACAGCUCAGCGCCUUCCUCAGAACAGCUGACGCGCUGCAGAUCCGCGGCCUCACUGACUGCUCGCAACACAAUGACAAAAAAGUUAAUAGAAAGUCGCCACCCUCGCAACUACGUAAUUUGCUCAGCGCCAAGCCGUCACAUUCUACCUCCUCCUCCAAAGCCGCAAGCCAAAACGUGGAAUCGACGUGUGCCGAUGACCUCGAGAAGGGUGCGAAUCGCCGCUCCGAGAUAAAUUCUCCCGAUGCUGCCAGAAAUAAUCUCAACGAAGAAGCUUCCUUUCAAACUUCUAGUCAAACGAGGCCUAAUAAUGACGAUUUAAACCAAACUUCAAAUUACCCCACAUUGAGGGUGAAAACUGAUCUCGAAGCAACUGAAAUUAAUAAUGAAGAAAACGAUAUUCCAAUGGACCCCGGGGACUCUGAAGAAGCGGACAAGUGUCAAGAUUUCACAGCCACGGACCUUCUCGAACCUAAGAUGGAAGUCAUGGAGCAAGAGGUCAGCGACGAGGAGCGUUCCAACUUCCAAUCAUACUUCAAUGAAAACAAUGCUCUAGCCAAUCCGAACCCUUUCGCCACAUUACAAGGUAAUAUCGAUCUCAUGGCCGGAAUGAAUUCGGAGCUCCGGGACGAAAACGCGGAAGGGGGUAGGUGGGACGCUCGUCGCAGCCGACCUGUGCCAGACGCCGUGUGGCUCGAACAACAUCGUCGAGCUCUGCCAUUCGUGCUCAAACGGGAGAACGAGAGAGCUUCCGCACCAAGAUUUAUAAAGCUCGGCGAGGGUGUCGAGAUCCGCGAGGAGUUGCUGCGCGGCGUCAAGUGGGGCGACUACAGGAAGGUGACCCGUGGGCUGGCGGCGGCUUUGUUCUCGCCGAUGGAGUUGGCCACGUGCUCGGUGACGGGCCAGCGCUGGUCGAGGGCCGGCCAGGAGUCUCGACCCACCAAGCCGCCGCUUGAGAGACGCCGCGUCCACGCCCUCAUCUCAUACGUUAGCAGGCACUUUCCCGACGUAGAGGUUAGCCGCAUCAAGCAGGUGCUCGCUUACAAGUGCAAGGAGAACUGCGCGGCGCUGCGCAUGAGGACGGCCAGGCUGUCGAACUGUUUCAGCGAGUCCAGUAAUUAUCUGUUGAGCGCGGUGCGGCCGUGCGACGACCCCACGCCGGCCCCACACACCCCGCAGCCCGCGCACACACCACACCCGGCGCACACCCCGCACCCGGCGCAGCCGGCGCCCUCGCGGUCUUCAUACGCGCACUAUGAGUCGCCGAAAGGUGGCGGGGGCGGCGGCGGAGAGGCGGACGGGGCCGACGGACCGCAGUGAUGUGCGUCAAUCGUAAACAUCGAUGUUAUUUUUUACCAAAAAAAAAAAGUGUAAUGACUCCGCGACUUACGCGGGGUGCAGAUUGGUAUUUAUUUAGGUGAUAUUUUUCUAUUGGCUACUGAUAAGAUGUAUGCAGACGCUCGCCGACGCCGCGGCGCUGUUCGAGUCGCUCUCGAGGCACUAGCAAUAAUUUAUCAGGUUCCUAAGACAUGUUCUGUAGUUAGGUUCUAUUUGCACGAAUUUUUCGCAAACACUGCCGCUUAUUUUUUAAAAAAUAAUAUUUUCAGUCCGUUUUAGUCGUUCGAUCGCUUACUUCGUUUUUUUUUUAUGAAUAUAGUCAUUUUCGUUAUAAUUAUAAAGUUUUAUAUACGAGGCAUUUAAGUGCUGUACGAGGGACCGUUGCAAUCGCAAAGUGAAUAUAUCAAAAUGGCAUAAUGUUAGAGGUAAAGUAUAGAUAAUAUUAGUAAUUUCGUUUUAUAGAUAAUAAUGUAAAGAUGAAUUUAUUUUGGUGUGCGUCGGAACGGAUAUUGAAAAGUCUUCGGAGAGCUGUGAUCGUGAUGGUUAAAAUGGAGUCAUAUUUUUAAAUACUUGUAAGAGUUGUAACGUAAUGUGUAGAGGUAUGCGUACGGCGGCGGCGCGGACCCGCGCCGCGCCCCGACAUUAAUCAUAUCAACUAAGCAAUAACUAUUAUUUGAUAAAUGAAGAAUUUUUUAAUUUUUAAAUACUAUUUUAACCACGUUGUUAUAAAUGUAGUUAGUAAAUAACUGAAUUCUCUAAAGUCCAUGAUCAUUUAUACAGUUCUUUUGAACGAUGAUCUAAUCCUCAUAAUAAUAACACGUCACAUAUUAAAUUCAUAUCGAUUUUGAUUUACUCGAUUUAUUUUAUUGAUCGCUAUAUUGAGCUCGGGCAGGUAUUGAAUGUUCUGAACGUUUGUAUCACACGCGAGCGGCCGCCUGUCCCGUGACCGGCGGACUGAAACAUAUCAGGUGUGAAGAUUUUUAAUUGUUGAAUUUACUAAUUAUACAUGCUCAAAGUAUAUCAAGCGGACGAACAAAUACUCACAAUAUCUGCUUGUCUCGUGUUAGGCCGCGUGCACACUGGCCGACGUCGGAGUGUGUCGCACCCCAACAAGUUACAGUUACCACAGUUAGAAUGGUUUAUGACAGACUUAUAUAACGCUAACUGAUCGUCUUUAAUGCUCAAUUUUGCCAAAUUUUACUUGCCGAACGUCUUGUCUGAAUGUUUUAUAAUUUUUUUGUUUAACGUAUUAUAUAUUCUUUUUAUUUGAUCGCCAUUCCGCCCCCUUCUCCCCUGACGGUGUCCAGAGAACGGAGAUGGCUCGACAGAUUUGCUCAAUGAUAAGCAUAUUAUAAUGAAUUCUGUUCGUACUUUCACUUAGACGUUAACGGAUCGGCCCAAAUAAAAUUAUUAUCAUUAGAAAUUUUUUAAAUGAAAUUUAAUUGUAAUUUUAGAGAAUUAUAAUUAUAUCGAAGAUUAUGUAAAAUACUUAUGUGACGAAUGCUCGAGAUGCAAUAUGUUAAUUUAGUGCCAAAUGAUAAGUUAACUUGUAGCAAUAUGUCUUAUCCUAAUGCUCUUGUAAUUUCUCGCGUAGUGUUAAUGACCUAUGAGGUUAUAUGGUUUCGUUUACAAGACUAUAAUAAUAUAUUUAUACAGGGAAAGAGUUAGCUAUGUACGGUUCGGAUAUAAGAGUGUUGUUGCGCUAAAAUACUCAUAGUGGCAGGGUGUAAAAAUAACAGAGGACGCGGUGGUCGAUCGAUCGGCGGACCGGUCGGUCGACUGGUUGCCCGACUGGUCGGUCGACUCGUCGGUGGUAUGGUUCGUAUGGGAUGCUGUAAUCACCUCACCUCACCUACAGGGUAGAUGCUACUUUGUUCUCUUCGCUUCUAAAUAAUUAUUUUUACACUCUGUUCAGAUAAAGCACUGAAUGAGCAUCGGAACAGAGAAUUUAUUUACUCAAAUAAGUUUUUUUUUUAAAUUAUUUAUAAUAAUUUUUUUUUAAACUAAAAUAUUUUGCAUUUUAUGAUUGUAAUGGCAGCUGUCCAUGUACGCGGUGAGUGAUAAAAUCAGUCACUGUUUUAAUAAGGUUUCAUAUAUUAAUUGUAAACGAUACAUCGAACAUGACACGUUGGGCACAAAUAUUAGUAAAAAUUCUACCGCUUAUUUCGCUUGCUAUACGUAACGACGUCUCUAUGUCGACUUGAUCGGAGUCCUAGUCGACUUGUCUGUCGGAAGCCCCUGUUAUGAUGUCUAUAUUUUUUAAGUAUAUUUCACUGAGCAAUACAUAUACAUAUAUUGUAUAUAAGAACAACAUCGAUGCCACUGUCCGCGUGAUAGUGUUGUGCCAAAAUUAAGUGCUAGUCUUAAAAGAGAAAUGUUGUUAUCAUUUUCAGAUUUUUAUUUAGUCCAGAAUGUGUUUGUUCCUGUGCUGUGAAAGUCAUAUUUUUCAGACAAAUCAACACGGAAAUGUGAUAGAAUGUCAGAUGAUAUAGUCCCUUUCUAUUAUUUAAUGAAAAAAGAUAGUUUGAUUUGAAAA